AUGAAGCGAAACUACAUGGACUUUUUUGACAAGUCGACUCAAAUCUAUCUCAAUCAAUAUACAAUAUUACUAAUACUAAUCAUCAUCAAGCUACUUCUACUACGCAACUCUCUAAUCAACACUAUAUCAAAACAACUAAUAGACGAAUCUACAUGUGAUGAUGACACACUUCAACCAGCAUUAAAUGCAGUACAUAAUAUGAUUUUUGAUAUUAUUGCCAAAUUUCAAUUCUCGGGAAUAGUUUUCGUUGUACUAAUAAUCAAAACCAUACGCGAAUUGACAAUUUUCUAUAUUGAUUUAUUCUUGGGCACUUAUGUAUGUUUACUCAAUUCAUUAGUUAAAGGAACCACCGAAUUUGCCUUUGAUGCAAGUGAAUCAGUGAUUCAAGCGGUUAAUACCACAAUAAUUGAAGCGACAAAGGGGAUUGAGGAGGGUUUGCAAGGCUUGUCUACGCUACUCAAUGAUGUAACAACUGGAUUUGACGAAAUAAAGAACAUCUUUUCUGGGGGUGGUUCUUCCUUUAAUGCCAAUUCAUAUGAGCAAAAGAUUAAUAUUUCACUUGGUGCUUUGAAGGAUAAAAUUGCCAUACCUGGUUCAAUCAUGACCCAGAUUGACAAUGCAAGAAAUGUAAGUAUGUAUGAAUUGGAAGACAUGAAUAACCAAACUCAAAAUUUGAUCAAAACUCCUUUUAAUUUAAUAAUAGACAGAUUACAGGAUAUCAAGCUAAGUAAUGCAACAAGAAACAACUUCACUAUUGUUCCCAUCAAUGUUAAAGAUGCAUGUUUGAAAACCGUUGAUAAAGUUAAAGACACUCAAGACCAUUUGGUCAAAUUCGUUGAAACAACUAGCAAAUACUUGUUCCUUAUCAUGGUGAUUAUUACAGUUGGUAGUAUAGCCUAUGCAUGGUAUAUGGAACGUCGACAAUGGAAUCGUAAAACGAAUUUUAUUAAUGAAGCGGGGAUUGAUGAUGAAGUUGGGUUUCGUAAUCAAGAGAAUUUGUAUCUGAAUUUCAUGACGUAUACGUUAGUAAAACGAAUGAAGUUGAAUGUGAAUCAUAAAGUCGUUUGGAUUAUUAGUUACAUGUCUAAUAGAUUGGCGAGGAACAUACUUGUGUUUGGAAUUUUGGGUUUACUUGCAGCAAUUUUGCAAUUGAUCUUGGUAAACUAUGUCCAAGAUGAAAUUCAAAAACAAAACAUUGACAUGUCUGUUAAUACCAAUUCGAUAUCAACUUCAGCAUACGUCAAAUUAGUCAAUGAUUAUAUAAACAUUACGCAAUCUGACUUGAAUGAAAAACUAUUUGGCGAAAUACGAUCAACUGCCAUUAAAAUAAAUUCAACUAUUUGUGAAUUCGUCGAUGAUUUGGAUUCAGCAAUUGUUGAUAUCUUUGGCAAAACCUCCAUCUUAGCCUCAGCAAUAAACACAGUGGUUUAUUGUACAAUUGGUCGAAAACUACUCAAAAUAGAACAAGGAUGUACUUGGUUAUACGAAAAUUUACAAAUUGAUAUUCCAUUAAUUUCAGAUUCGAUUCAACGUGAUUUACUACAAGUUAAAGUAUUACAACCGAGUAAUGUAUUGACUAAAUUGGAUAUGUUGAUUGUAAUUUAUGUCAAGUCAAUAAUGUUAGAGUUGUAUGUGGCGUUGGCGUUCUUAGGAGUAUGGGGAAUACAGUUGAUUAUUGGGGUUAUUUUGUUAAUGGCAAGACAGAGGAUAGCUAAUGGAAAGGGUAAUAGUGAGCAGGUAUCAGAUGGUGACAAAAAGGAUAAAGCGCAUUUCCAAAAUACAAGGAUUUUGAAGAUCAGUAGUCCUCGACCAUUGAGCCAAGAACAAUUAGAAAAUUACCCAUAUGCUUUAUCUAACCCUCAUGAUUUUCUACCUCACACUACAUCGAGUUACUACCCAACACCACCACCAUAG